AUGAUGGAGUUCUGGUUGAUUUCAGUUCCUCUGGAUAAAGUCAGCUGUCAGUCUUUAGAGAAACUCAAACGGGUCUCAGCCAAAACAAGUCUGACCAUGAGCUCCAGAUUUCACAUCCCAGAGCUGAAGGUAGGAACGCUGGAUGUGCUGCUGGGGGUCUCUGAUGACCUGUCCAGACUGGACUCAUAUACAGAGGGCGUGUUGCGUCAGACCUCUCAGUGUUUGGGUGAGGUGAUGGAAGAGUUCAGUGGAAAACUCCUGGAGAGCAUGCUGGCCAACGGAGUGGAUUUGGCAACAUAUGUGACCAGAUUUCAAUGGGACAGAGCCAAAUACCCCACUGCACAGCCUCUGAAAACCCUCGCUGACAUCAUCUCCAAACAAGUUUCUCAGGUGGACACCGAGUUGAAAUCCCGCAGAGCAGCUUACAGUCAUGUGAAAGCCAGUAUUCAAAGCUUUGAGCGAAAAACUGAGGGAAGCUUGCAGACCUGUGCGUUGAGCAACAUUGUGAAAAAGGAAGACUUGGUUUUGAAUUCAGAGUACCUCACGACAUUGAUAGUUGUGGUGUCCAGAAUGGCAUAUGGACUAUGGGAGAAGACAUAUGAGUCGAUGUCAAAGUUUGUGGUUCCUCGUUCCAGCAGGAAAUUGGUUGAGGAUGCAGAUGCAGGGAUUUUCACAGUAACCCUGUUUAAGAAUGUCAUUGCCGAAUUCAAAUCCAAUGCCAAAAAGCACAAGUUUACAGUGCGAGAAUACAACCUGGAUGAAGCUGAGAAGCAAAAGCAGGAGAUAGGCCGUCUCACUGUGGAUAAGAAGGAACUGUAUAGAACUUUUGUGUGCUGGCUAAAGGUAAAUUUCAGUGAGAUCUUUGUAGCCUGGAUUCACAUCAAGGUCCUCCGUACAUUCGUUGAGUCAGUCCUCAGGUACGGUCUGCCGGUCAGUUUCCAAGCUAUUUUGCUACAACCCACUAAGAAGAGUAGGAAGCAGCUAAGGCAGCAGCUCAACUCUUUAUUCAAACACCUCGACCCAGCAGCUGCAACCGGUAAAGCAGAUGUGGGGCUUGAUAUCCCAGAUGGAAACACCAGCCAGCAGGAAUAUUACUCCUACAUCUGUUAUCCUAUCAAAAUUCAUUUAGUGGAUCCAAGUUAAUGCUAAAUCAUAGAAUAACCUCAUUUGGCCCUUUUUUUUUUUUGCAUCUUGCAGAUUUAAAUAAACCCUGACAAACAAAUGGAAGACAUGGUUAUUGAGUGUGAACUUUAUGACCUGUCAUAUUUGAAGUUCUGAAGACAGAUACAUUUACUUGGGAACUACAAUUUUUGUUGC